AGCUUUGGGCAUCGAGUUAAUCACAGUUCUAUAAGUUGUAGCCAUAACCAAAGCAGUGUCCGUUGCGAAAUCAACGAAUAUGCCACCAACUAUGUUUCGCCCAUCAAACAAAUUUUCAUUUUCCCCCACACGUUGCUAUCCUCCAUUAUUUUCUGUCUGUCUUCUUUUCCAUCGUUUCUCUCCACGUGUCCCCACAUUUUCUCGUUGAUCUCUCUUUAUUCUGUAUAAACUUUUCCUAUGGUUUAUUUUCUCUCGUUUUGAUCUUUUCAUUUGUUACUUGGUUAUUUCAUUUGAUUUCAUUGUUUGCAGUUUCAAAAUGGUGAGAGUAAAGGGCUUUGUUUUAACUGAGGAAAUAUUGUUGAAAGGUGGAGGAAUGAUUUUUGAUUGGUGGGAUGAGAUUGAUGAAUCUGAUGAAUGGCAGAGAUUCAUUUUCUAUUUCUUAUCAGCUUCCUAUGCUCUUGUGUCCAUUGUUGCCCUGGUACAACUGUGUCGUAUUCAAUUGAGAGUGCCAGAGUAUGGGUGGACAACACAAAAAGUUUUCCACUUGAUGAACUUUAUUGUGAAUGGAUUGAGGGCUGUUGUGUUCGGUUUCUACAAGAGUGUGUUUCUCAUUAAAUCCAAGGCACUUGAAAUGGUCCUUCUGGAUCUUCCCGGUCUUCUGUUUUUCUCGACAUAUACAUUGCUUGUCCUUUUCUGGGCUGAGAUAUAUCACCAGGCAAGAAGUCUUCCCGUUGAUAAACUUCGGCCCGCUUACUAUAGCAUCAACGGACUUAUAUACUUUGCUCAGGCAUGCCUAUGGAUUUCAGUAAGAUUAAGUAAGAGCUAUCUUACAGGGGAAAUUAGUAAACUCUUUGUUUCAGUUAUAUCAUUCUUUGCUGCAUUGGGGUUCAUGAUAUAUGGCGGGAGUUUGUUCUUCAUGUUGAGACGGUUCCCUAUCGAAUCGAGAGGCCGCCAGAAAAAGCUGUUUGAGGUCGGCUGCGUAACAGGAAUCUGCUGUACUUGUUUCUUGAUAAGAUGCAUUGUGUUGACACUCUCGGCCUUUGACGCGAAAGCUGAUCUUGAUGUUUUAGAUCAUCCAAUCCUAAAUCUGAUCUAUUACAUGGUACAUCUGAUUUCUGUAGUGUUCUACUCAUUUCUUUAUGCUACAAUUAGAUGGAUUUCCAUUCACAUUAGACCGGUUUAAUUGCUUAACAAGAGCACUUGAUCAACGACAUCAUUUUAUCGAAGAGUACUUACCCUCUUUUCCUUUUUUUGUGGGAGUAACAGUUGGUAGAAAUCCUUCCUUCAGCUUUGGUGCUCUUCAUUCUUCGAAAAUUGCCUCCGAAACGCUUCUCUGUACAAUACCACCAAAUAAGGUGAACUGAAUGCAUUUGUAUCGUACCUGCAACUCCAAAGAUUAACUGCUCCAGAAAAAUGUGAGCAACCAGCUCGAAUCUUGUUCAUGAUCAUUUAUAUAGUUCGGUAAAUGUCCGUUAACAGAGACCGAACGGUUCGUGAGCGAUCUGUACGCUUAUGAUCCAUAGUCUAAUUUUACUGUCACAGAACCUUAACAUAUUGUAAACCCUAAAUCGCCUCUAUCUUCUCAAUGGAUUGGUAGCCCAAAAAAUAAAUAUGGGCUGCUCUGUUAUAUUUACCUAGAAACAAGCAGAGUAUUGAGUUAAUACAUUAGAGCCU